GGUUUUCCGGGCAGUACUGUUUGAAUUACGUUGGGGUCAGUAGCUGCGGUUCUUUUAAUUACAUUUAUAAUAGAACAAUUCUUUCAAUGCAACUUUAAAUCUUUUAUAAUAUAUAUUGAGCUGAUUUUGUUUUCGUUUGUCUACAUUAAAAAAGAAGGCAGAAGAUAUUGGAAUAAGUUGAUGAAAUUAUCUCUUCAUGAACUCUAUGGAUUACAGAGUUAUUUUUUUCUCAGCCAAUAAAUAUUAAUUCGUUUGAAGAGAUGACUGCUGUUGAAGCAGAGAAGAGGGUCGCCAUCGUGUGGCGUGACAUUAUCUUUAGCAGGAUGUUUUCCGGUGCUGCCUAUGGAGCAGAUUCCAGCAUACACCAACCUUUGACCGUAGUCGAUAUGGAGCUGAGCUCGCCGCAGUGCCUCCUGCUGGCGCUGCUCCACUCCCUGAUGGCACAAGAUGUGACGUCUUGUGUUUUGCUCGCUGACAUCUGCCACCAAGUCAAGAUGCUGAGCUCAAAAUACUUAAAAGUCUGGCUUUUGGAAGACUUUGAAUUUCCUCGGACUGACAUCGAGAACGCAAUGUCUCUUCUGGUUCAGCUGAUAGCAGAUGGCAUCCUGAAGUUGCCUACUCAUGUGAUGAUGCUUAUGACUUCCCUAGCCAAGAAGUAUAGGAUUACUGGUGUCGAGCUGAGAACAUUAUCGGAGGAAUACCGCCACGAUUUGGCAAUAAAGCUUGAACAUGCUGUCAUUAGCAACUGUCUCAAAGAGAUUUUCCAUUUGGAAAGUAAAGGAGCAGAUGUAUGUGGGUGGACUCGGAACGGUGACAGCCUUCUGCAUUUGGCUGCAAGGGCUGGAAGCAAUGCCUCCAUCGCAGCACUUAGUGUCCUCAACGCAGAUUUGGAGUUAGUAAACUCUUGGAAUGCUACUCCCUUAGAUGAAGCAGUAAGAUGUGAUAAAGCUUCUUCAGUUCAGGCCCUGUUAAUGGCUGGUGCUAAAUUAGACAGGUGUUUGUUGGGAGGAGACACCUACCUCCAUAUUGCGGCUGCCGGAGGCUAUAAUGAAGCACUAAAGGCCUUGUUAGAUGGAAGAAUAGAAGUUAAUGAAAAAAACCACCUCGGCGAAACUCCAUUAAUUGAAGCUGUUAAAGCGGGCAACAUUCGGGGUAUGGAAUUGUUACUGAAAAAAGGAGCGGAUUCCAGUGCUCUUUCCAGCUUUAGGUUAAAGAAUGGUGACUCAGCAGUACAUUGUGUAGCUCGCUCAGGGAAUGUAGAAGUCCUCCAAUUACUUAAAGAUAGAGAGAUAACAGCAGACAUAAAAAAUCCUGAUGGACUCUCGCCAUUGCAUGUUACUUUUAAUCCCUCCGUUGUAAGAAUGCUACUAAAGAUGGGUGUAGAUGUUAACAAUAAGGAUAACACAGGCUGCACUCCUUUGAUGAUGGCAGUGAAAAAAAGCGAGACAGAUAUCCUAAGUUUAUUAUUGUUAAAUGGUGCCAAUCCUAAAAUAAAGGACAAAACAGGUCGGACUGCACUUCAUUACGCCGCUGCAGUUGGCUGCACUUUGUCAAUGACCACUCUGCUGGAUGCUGGAGUCAUUGUUGAUGACCAGGAUAAUAAAGGCGACACUCCGGCUUUUAUUGCUGCUGCAAAUAAUGAACCAGCUGCCCUGGAGCUGCUUGUGAAGAAUGGAGCUAACCUGGCUCUGAUAGACAGAGAUGGCAAUGGUAUAUUGCAUCGUGAGGCCUGCAGAGGACACGUCGAGGUUGUAAAAUUGUUAAUUGAUGCUGGCCUGGAGGUAGAUAUGAAAGGAAAAGACCAGAAUACUGCCUUACAGUUUGCUGUUAAGAAAGGACACACUGCAGUAGUAACAGCACUGCUUGCCGCCGGGGCGGCAUUGAAUAUGAAUGAUGAGGAUCAGGUUCCUCCUUUACAUCUUGCAGCAUCUGAAGGACACGCUGAAGUGGUGGCUGCACUUCUUGAUGCUGGAGCAAUAGUUGAUUUGAAAUAUAACAACAUGUGGACUGCCUUACACACUGCAGCAGACAAAGGACACGUUAAAAUAAUAAGACUGCUUCUUGCGGCUGGAGCAAAAAUGGAUAUAACUGGUUAUUACAAAAGCACUGCCCUACUCAUUGCAUCGAGGGCUGCACAUGUAGAAGUGGUGAAAGCGUUGCUUCAUGCAGGAGCGGCAGUUAAUAUGAAAGAUGAGGAACAGUGGACACCCUUACACUACGCAGCAGCCAUAGGAUGUAUUGUGAUGGUGAGAGAAAUGCUUGCUGCUGGGGCAUCAGUGGAUAUGACAGAUCAAGACCAGACCUCUCCCUUACACUGUGCAGCGGAAGAAGGGCGCACGGUAGUUGUGGCAGCACUGCUUGAGGCUGGGAUGGCAGUUGAUACGAAAGAUCAAGCCCAGAACACUGCAUUACAUCUUGCAGCUAAGGGAGGAUUCAUGGAAGUGGUAUCAAUACUUAUUGAUGCCCAUGCACCACUGAAUAUGAAAAAUCAGCACCAGAAGACCGCUUUACAUUAUGCAGCAGAAGGAGGACACACUGCAAUGGUGUUAACACUGCAUACUGCUGGGGCAUUGGUAGGUUAUCAAGACAUGUACCAGAACACAGAAUUACAUUAUUCAGCAAAGGGAGGAUACUCUGAACUAUCGAGAUAUCUGAUUCGUGCUGGGGCAAAAGUAAAUAUGGAAGGUAUGGGCCAGUGGACUCCCUUACAUUUUGCAGCACAUAGUGGACACGCAACAGUAGUUACAUUGUUGCUUAAAAAUGGGGCAAAAGUUGAUAUGAUAAAUGAGGACCAUUCGACUUCUUUGCAUUAUGCAGCAGUAGGAGGACACACUACAGUGGUGACAACACUGCUUAAUGCUAAGGCAGCAGUGGAUGCGAAAGGUAAGGACCUGCGGACAGCUUUAAAUCUUGCAGCAGAUAAAGGACACACUGAAGUGGUGAAAGCACUCCUUUGCGCCGGAGCUGCAUUGGAGGUGAGAGAUCAGUUUCAGUUGACUGCUUUGCAUCGUGCAGCACAGGGAGGCCACACUGCAGUGGUAAGGGUGCUGUUGGACCGAGGGGCGGACCCAGCGACUACAACAGGUGAGGGUUUCACGCCGCUAAUGGGAGCUUCUAUCAAUGGCCACUUGUCCGUGGUGCAGGUACUCCUUGUCUACGGUUCUCCAGUUAAUGCUGUGAAUAAUGUUGGGCAGUCUGCCCUAUUCCAAGCUAUUGCAAACAACCACAGCGAUGUAGCAGAGUGCCUGAGGAGCUGGGGUGCGACUGAGUGAUGUCAGCAAUCUGUGGGCUGCGGAUCUGGCAGAGAGAACUGUAAAGACUGUGAAUUGUUGAAUUUAAUUUAUUUUUUAAUUAAAUAGGGAACUUCCCUAAUAUUUAGUUAAAUAACUGGAUUAUUAUUUUUGUAAAAAUGAUUUUUAUGAAAUGAUUGGUAAUUAAACAAUGUUUCUUAUGAAAUUUUAUUAUUUGUUGAUUUUAAUGUUAUUAAUUACUUUUAACUGUUCUUGUAAUUUUAGUUUUAUAAUGAAUAAUAUAUGUAUUUAUAUUAUUGUAUGUUCUUUUUUCUGACUCAUUGAGACUCAUAUUUUUAAACAGUUAGUGAAAAAUAUGUAAAAAAUAAAAUGUUUUUACACCCUGUUACCUGUACUUAAAAUGUGCAUUUUAUUUCUUGAAACUCAUCUAUUUUUCAAAUGAUAUACUUGAAUUUUCUCAAACACAAAUUGUUUAAAUAACGAAGUUUAAAACUAACAAAUCCGAUAUCUUUAAAACAAUAUACAUCAGACCUAUUUUUAUAUAUUGUAAUAAUAAAUGUUUAACUGAAAUGUAUGUUGUGUUAGUGAUUUAAUAUAAGUUUUAGUGUGAAGGCAAGAUUGAUAAUGUGAAAUAUUGUUGUAUUUUUAGAAUUGUAUAAGAUUCACGUUUCAUGUGGAACUAAGUUGAAUGUAAAUUUUAAUUGUUCUUUAUUAUUUUAUCUAAAUAUAAAAUCAAGUGUGUGGAUGUGAG